UUGUGAGAUUUUGGGUGUUUUUUCUCUUCUUGUUUCCCUUUCGGCAACUUUCAGAUCUCUCUCUCUGGUUUCCUACAAAUCAAAACCCUAAUUCCCCCAAUUCCCAGUUUUGAGCCUCGAAAAACCUAAAUCUAACUCUCUCUCUCUCUCUCUCAAUCAAGACCCUGUCUUUUUCUCUCUAUCUUUUCAUCGGUGUUCCCCAUUCACCAGCUCGAUCCACAGGAACAUAUUUGCUUCAGAGGAGAUGUCUCCUGCUUCCAAAUCUAAGUCUAAAGACAAAAGGGUCGGCAAGGAGGCUCAGAAGUCUCCAGCCAAGCCCACAGGAUCUGCUAAUGCAGUAGCUGGUGUCCCUGCUAGUGCAUACAAUCCGUUAUUGGGAACUUUCCAUACCCUGGAAAUAUCACCAACAUCUUCGACUUCACCAGUACAUUCUAAUGGCCGUUUUCAGAAUAUAGAUGAGACAGAUGAACAUCCUAUUGGCUCAGCGGUAGCUGGUGUGGAGUAUGAUUCUGUUUCUAAUAAUGAUAGUUGGUCUGGUGAGUCGGAAGACCAUAAAGAAAAAGCUUCUAAUCUUGCUGUUCGACUGGAAGCAGUACCAGGAGCUGAUAAUGACAAGCGAGAGAAAAUCCGCCAGAAAAAUGAGAAGAAGCAUCAACGACAGAAGGAAAGGCGUGCACAGGAGUUGCAUGAUCGCUGCAAUGGAUAUCUUAUGUCAAGGAAACUUGAGGCACUUGCUCAACAGCUUGUGGCAAUGGGGUUUUCUCAUGAGCGUGCAACAGUUGCAUUGAUGCUAAAUGAAGGGAGGGUUGAGGAAUCAGUAGCAUGGUUAUUUGAAGGUGGUGAAGAAGCAGAUAAUCAGAUGGAUAGAAAUAGAGGUGGGGGUAAUUUGAGAAUUGACAUAUCAGAAGAACUUGCUCGAAUUGCAGAUCUAGAAACAAGGUACAGUUGCUCAAAGCAGGAGGUUGAAAGAGCGGUUGUUGCUUGUGAGGGUGAUCUUGAUAAGGCUGCGGAGUCCUUGAGAGAAUUGAAGAUGGAUAGGCUAUCUGGUCAACCAAAGCCAGAGGAAAAUGGUGAUUCUCCAUCCUAUAAGCUGUCAGGAGUUGUGAGUCAGAGUCCGAGGGUACAGGCAAAACCCUUUCUCUCUCCAAAUCAACCCAAAAAAGAUGAUAAGGAUUUUAACUAUACAAAGUCAGCAGUUAUGAUUACAGGAUCUACAGAAUCCAGCAAUAGACAUUUGCAGCCUCUUCUUAAGAGAAUCCAACCUAAGUCAGAAUGGGCAAAACCCCAACAAGCUGCUGUAACAGCUGACAGGAGGUGGCCAGGUGCAGGAUCCAAUCCUUCUGUUUCUUAUUCAUUGGCAUCACCUUUGCAAGUGUCUCCCACACCUGCCAAGACUGAGGCAUCUUAUAUGGCUGGUGGAGCUGAUUAUAAUCACAUUCAACCUGUAUCAACAAGGGAGCCAGUAAUUGUGAUGCAGCGGCCUCAAACGGUAAAUGCAAAGAAGGUUCCUACAGCAGGCUUGAGCUCAUCUCCUUCUGAUGCCGCUGGCAGUUGGUAUCCAACUAACAAUGGAGAAGUUAUGAGGCCCAAUGGCUUCAUGCCUCCUCAUAAUCCUAGCACUAGAAGCCUCAAUUCUAACUAUGGAAGCUCUAAUCAAAUGUAUCAUCAACUUCAGUAUCAACCUCAACAACAGUUUGUUGCUGGUAGCGGUAAUGCAGUAGAUCUUCAAGCAACCAACCAAAACAUGUGGAAUAGAACAGGUGCAUCCCCAACGCUUGCUGCUGCUUCUUCUCUAGGACUUUUUUCAGGGCCUGGAUCAGCGGCGACAUCAGGAGCGGCUUCUCCGGUAGACUGGAGCACUGGUGGGUCAAUCAAGUUCGAUUAUACAAACAUAGACUGGUCCUUAGAUAGGGGUUCAUCUCCUCCAAGGUCCAAUGCAUUAUGGCGAGGACUUUCACCUUUUAUAAAGAGUAAUGCUCAAAUAAAUGGCUCAAAUGCUUCUGGCAUGGCUGCUCAACCGUCAAUUAGAUCAUUACCCUCUAAUGGGAGCAUGGGUCCGUUGCAUGGAUUGCAAGAUGGUGGAGCAUCUUCUUCUGCAGAAAUGUCUGGUUCUCGAGAAUGGAGUUCUCCAUUUGAAGGGAAAGAUAUUUUUACUUUACCUAGACAGUUUGUUUCUUCUCCUUCUCUGUAAAAUGAGGGGUGAAGUUGAGUGAAUAAAAAGACAGACCUAAAAAAUGUGUGGAUUUCAUGUUUGUUCUUAUGAUAUGCUAAAGUUGAUAUCUUGUUGGUGGUAA